GUGUGUGUGUGUGUGUGUGUGUGUGUGUGUGUGUGUGUGUGUGUGUACACAGCAAAUCCUGGAUUAGGUAGGAGCAGGUCGACCUACUAGCGACCACACAGCCAAGGAAAACUGGCUCUCCCUCCUCUACCAGCCAUCAGUUGUCAGCAGCUCCUCAGCUAGGGGUGGGGGCUGCGGAGCCCCUCCAGAGUUUGGGCAGGAAACCAGGGCUGCUGUGAGUUUGUUCUGUGAUCCUGGCAUGACCAAGAAUCCCCAUCUCUCUAAACUUCCCCUUCUCGUCAGUGAGUGAGCAUGCAAGCAUCAUCUGAGACUAACUUUGAAGUUCCAAAACUGUGGUGGUCUUGCACCAGCAAGACAGGUGAGCACAGGACAAGAAAGCAUGACAAGGAAGCUCCUCUUUACUUGGGUCCUGGUCCUACUUGGCAGCAAACAUGCUAGGCUUUGUACAGUCCCAGUACCAAGAGUCAUUAAUACAAAGAUCACACUUCUUAAAGCAAUGACUUGUGAGAACUGCCAUUAUUUCCUUAGUUUGCUCUGUGUGCUUUCUUGGUAACUGUAUGUUGAACUGGAUCCACAAUACUGUGAAUGCUGGAAAGCGGAUCACUUUCCACGGCUUGACUUCCAGCCUCAAGCUAGGCUCGCAAUGUCUAAAGGGGCUGGCCGAGGCAGCAGCGGUGGCAGGGGCUGGAAACAGCUGGAUGUGACCAUCUCUGGUGCUUUUGUUCAACCUUGAAACCUUCGCCACAGGAGACUGCCGGGGCAGAGAAGCCAACGUGAGAAACAAAGAGAGAUGGCGGAAAGCCCUUGGGACUAAGGAGGGGAGGUGGGACUCUGGGCUGGCGGUGGCACCUGGUGCCCGCUGUUAAUAAUAAGGUCGCGGUGCGUUUAUAAGGUCCUUGAUUAAACAAAGGCGCUCGGUGAUAAGGGUAACUAGCAACAGCUCCACGUCUGAGUCGCCGCCCCCCAUCUUUUCAACGCGGGCUCUUUGCGCCUAGCAUCGUUUGCGCGGAGAACUGGAUCUCACCUGACCCUGGGCGCUGAAUCCAAGUGCUGCCGGAGUCCUGGGCCACCCAGGCUGGCAGGGGCGGACCCGUGAGCGCACGAGGCGCCCCCACGAGGGGGCGGGACCCAUCUCCGUCCAGACCGCAGCGCGGCGCACGCCUCGGGCACCUGCAGCCCAGCGGCUACCUGCAGUCGCUGCGCGUCCGGCCGCCCAGCCCGGUUGCCGGCUCUUGCUCCGCUCAUCGCCGCCCGCCCGCCGCCGCGCUGCACGCCUCGAGCGCUCCCUCGGCCCCGCUGGGGACCGGGGACCCCGCAGCCGCCGCCAUGCUGCCGGUGCUCUACACCGUCCUGGCGGGGCUGCUGCUGCUGCCCCUGCUGCUCACCUGCUGCUGCCCCUACCUCAUCCAGGACUUGCGGUACUUCCUGCGGGUGGCCAACCUGGCCCGGCGGGUGCGCAGCUACCGGCAGCGGCGGCCCGUGCGCACCAUCCUGCGGGUCUUCCUGGAGCGAGUUCGCCAGACCCCGCACAAGCCCUUCCUGCUCUUCCGCGACGAGACGCUCACCUACGCCCAGGUGGACCGGCGCAGCAACCAAGUGGCACGGGCGCUGCACGACCAACUGGGCCUGCGACAGGGGGAUUGCGUGGCCCUCUUCAUGAGCAAUGAGCCGGCCUACGUGUGGAUCUGGCUGGGACUGCUCAAGCUGGGCUGUCCCAUGGCCUGCCUCAACUACAACAUCCGUGCCAAGUCUCUGCUGCACUGCUUCCAGUGCUGCGGGGCGAAGGUGCUGCUGGCCUCCCCAGAACUACAAGAAGCUGUUGAGGAGGUUCUGCCAACCCUGAAAAAGGAUGGAGUGUCCGUCUUUUACGUAAGCAGAACGUCUAACACAAAUGGCGUGGACACACUACUGGACAAAGUGGAUGGAGUGUCGGCAGAAGCUACUCCGGAGUCGUGGAGGUCUGAAGUCACUUUUGCCACGCCUGCCAUAUACAUUUACACUUCGGGUACCACAGGUCUCCCGAAAGCCGCAACCAUCAAUCACCAUCGCCUGUGGUAUGGAACUGGCCUUGCGCUGGCGAGUGGGAUUAAGGCCCACGAUAUAGUCUACACCACCAUGCCCCUGUACCACAGUGCGGCGCUCAUGAUUGGCCUCCACGGGUGCAUCGUGACUGGGGCUACUCUUGCUCUGCGGAGCAAAUUUUCAGCCAGCCAGUUCUGGGACGACUGCAGGAAAUACAAUGUCACUGCCAUCCAGUACAUCGGUGAACUGCUUCGGUACCUGUGCAACACACCCGCGAAACCAAAUGACCGUGACCACAAAGUGAAAAUAGCAUUGGGAAAUGGCUUACGGGGAGACGUGUGGAAAGAGUUUAUCAAGAGAUUUGGGGACAUCCAUGUGUAUGAGUUCUACGCUUCCACUGAAGGCAAUAUCGGAUUUAUGAAUUACCCAAGAAAAAUCGGUGCUGUCGGAAGAGCCAACUACCUCCAAAGAAAAGUUGUAAGGUAUGAGCUGAUUAAAUAUGAUGUGGAGAAGGAUGAACCCGUCCGUGACGCAAAUGGAUAUUGCAUCAAAGUCCCCAAAGGUGAGGUCGGACUCUUGGUUUGCAAAAUCACACAACUUACACCAUUUAACGGCUAUGCUGGAGGAAAGUCUCAGACAGAGAAGAAAAAACUCAGAGAUGUCUUUGAGAAAGGAGACCUCUAUUUCAACAGUGGAGACCUCCUAAUGAUUGAUCAUGAUGAUUUCGUCUACUUCCAUGACAGAGUUGGAGAUACAUUCCGGUGGAAAGGAGAGAACGUAGCUACCACAGAAGUCGCCGACAUAGUAGGACUCGUUGACUUCGUUCAGGAAGUGAAUGUUUAUGGAGUACCUGUACCAGGUCAUGAGGGUCGAAUUGGGAUGGCCUCAAUCAAGAUAAAAGAAAACCAUGAGUUCAAUGGAAAGAAGCUCUUUCAGCACAUCUCGGAGUACCUGCCGAGCUAUGCGAGGCCUCGGUUCCUGAGAAUACAAGAUACCAUUGAGAUCACUGGGACUUUUAAACACCGGAAAGUGACCCUGAUGGAAGAGGGCUUUAAUCCCACCGUCAUCAAAGAUGCCUUGUAUUUCAUGGAUGACACAGCAAAAACCUAUGUGCCCAUGACUGAGGACAUUUAUAAUGCCAUAAGUGAUAAAACUCUAAAGCUCUGAAUAUUUCCAGGUGACUAUCUCAUAACAUUUCCAGAAAGACACUCAAUAGACCUAGCAUAGCCACUUGAUAUAAUCCAACUUUAAUUUGAUUGAAGAUUAUAAGGUGCAAUUUUUUUAAGGAAAUUAUUCAUUAAAAGAAGGACGGUUUUUUUUUUAAUUACACCUGAACCUUUGCAAGUAAAAAGAUUUAGAGAUAAUUAUUUUUCAAUGUGCGCCUGCCAUUUGUCCUUGCAAACGAAGCUUUUUGGAGAGAGGGCCUUAUUUUUUUAAAUACAUAAUAAACUAUAUUAACACUGACAUAUGAAA